GAUUUUGGUUGUGACUUCCGGCAUCCAAUUCUGGCGGAGUUUUUGAAUUGUUAUUGAGAUUCAGUGACCAUCUUUGUUCGAUAUACAUGUGUUUAGUGAAGACAGCGCGGCAUCGGCGACAAUGACGACGUGAUCAAAUCGUUGAACUUAAUUCAGUGCAAAACACCAUAUUUUACUCUCGUGAAUUAUUGAGAGAGAAAGUUAAACUGCAUUAAAAUGGACGCUACAUCACUAGAUGGCCUGGCCGAGCACUUUCAGAAGAAGUUGGACACGGUAAACACCAUCAUGGACUUGAGAAGUGCAGAUGAAGAUGAGGGUGAAAGUUAUCAGUCACAGGUGGUCAGUUUACAAACUGAACUGGACAGUCUUCAAGUGGUCAUUGCCCUGAUGAAGACAGAAGUCAAUAAACAGACAAUAAAGCUGAAGCAGACACAGUCGAUGAAGACAGACAUGGAGACGCUCGUCUCCAAUCUAAGUCAUGCUGUAUCUUAUAUACCAUCGAGGAUGCCAAAACCAGCUCAGAAAGAGGCUGCUGUUGAGAUCAGAGACAAGCCUGCAGUGACAACUAAAACAACUGCAGCACAGAGCAAGAAAUCAACUAAUCAGGGCUCCUGUAAGGAAAACCAGCCUCCACGAAAAAACCAAUCAGGAGGGAAGAAACAGAAAAAUGUGUAUAUACCAACACUGGAAUAUAUCACAGUGGAAGAUUUCGAAAAUGUUCCAAAGUACAUCAAGGGACGCAUGAAUUACAACCAGAUCAAUACCAUGAUGGACGAAAUCAACAAAGCUUACAAGGAAAAGUACAAGAUCCUCUCCAUGAAACGGACAACACUCAACGACGUCAACCGUAAACGUUUUGAAAAGUUCAAGUUACAGGAAUCUAAAGAAACAACAGGAGAGCAUUUCAUUGUGGAUGACGAUAUAAAAGAGUUCUCACACAUGAAGAUGGACAGUGUUUACCGAAGUGUGCUGACACUUUUACGACAUUGUGGUAGACUGAAGGAAAUACGGGGAGGCGGACAUACUCGCUACGCAUGUGUGGAAAUAUACUGAGGGGGACCUACUCGCUUCGCAUGUGUGGAAAUAUACUGAGGGGGACCUACUCGCUUCGCAUGUGUGGAAAUAUACUGAGGGGGACAUACUCGCUUCCCGUGUGUGGAAAUAUUCUGAGGCAGUCGACAUAACGGUUAUGCCUCAUCAACGAUAGCAGUUUACUGGGGAUGCAGUAUACUUGUUUCCUAUGUGUGGAUGUCAGCUAUAAAAUUUUACUUACGGGGUUAUACAUAUGUCUUCUACAUCGUAUGUCUACAUGCCAUAAAACGGUAACCACACAGAUGUCUGACCCAGAAAAGGGUGCAUAUGACAAUGCAAGGUUUUUAUAGUGCACGUUUUGCCUGCACAGAGAUUAGCUGUGUGGAAGUAUAUUUUACAGAGUUUGACAUCAACUUGUGUACAAUGUAGUAUACUUGUGUUAUUAAAUAUAAAGAUCGGAAGUGACACUUAUAUACAGGAUCCCAGAUGUAUGGAAAUGACUGUGGGAUUCUUUUUAUUGUAGGAUUUACUUACAAAAUGUAAUAUCAUAUUUUACACCAUACUAGGUAUUAAAAUGAAAGACCAAACACUUUCAGUGUUUGCUUUUUCCUGCAAAUUUAUGACAUCAUCUCGUUUCCUGUGACAUCACAAUCAAUACAUGUCGUUUCAGAUGAUUUUGUAUUACAAACCUUUUGGUGAUGAUGAUGUUGUAUUACAAACCUUUUGGUGAUGAUGAUGUUGUAUAACAAACCUUUUGGUGAUGAUGUUGUUACACGGAGUAGUCCAGUAACAUUCCUGACUACAUAUCUCUCCUAGUUUUACUGAGUGUUUGUUUUGUUAAUACAAAUGUCCCAAUCUGCUGGUGUGUUUUAAAUGAGUAUGAGUUUCACUUAAGGAUCCCUUUCCCACUGCAGGAGGAAUACAAGAGAAUUUCACUGUAGUUUUUUCCACACGUAGAGUAAUCUCCUCUUAAAUUCAUUCUGGAUAUAACAAGUGGAGCUGGGCCACAGUACCUCAGCUGUUGAUCAUUUAGCGUAGAUGGUAAGAGCUACCAGAUUGUAAAUCCCAGCAGUCUGACCUACAUGUACCAGAUGUACUGCUAUUUUUACUCUCAAAACACUAGUGUUGAUUUUAUUUGGUUUUAUAUUUAGUCUUCAUUGUUUUCAUGAAAAUACUGAAAAGUAUGUGUUUCUUUUUCGAGUACAGUAAUAUAUUAACCCUUUCACCACUGUAGACCAUAAUGGACUCAUCCAUAUUAAUGCAUGGUAGAGUCUACUCAAGUUACAAAGGGAUGAAAGGGUUAAAGCCAUUGUAAAAUAGCUCCCAAUUCAUAGUUACCGUUUUUGGCAGUGGUACAGGGAUCCUUAAGUGGAAGAAGUUCCAUGCGAUACAUCACAGAAGCCAGGUCCUAUGAUAUAAAUAUCUGUACUGUUUUAAAAUACUGUGGGGGGCUUAUUAGGGGUAAAAUAUGGUAAGCCCUAGCAUACGAAGUAAGACUGAUAGACAUGGAAACUUUGUAAAUUAUGGUGGAAGAACUUCCAUUUACUUCAUAUUACUCAGCUGCAACUUCAUAAUAUUUUUUAUUUUUUUCAUCUCCCUCUUUGGGAUUUUGGCGUAAAAAUUGCAAAACUGUUGAAAGGUUGUAUAUAUAUUGUUUGUAAAGUCAGUGUAAGUUUAUGACUUUUAAAGGUAGUUUUUGGCGUGUCAAAAGGAUAAGUUAAUGCCGCCGCAUAUUACUUUGAUGUGUUGUCAUGUUGCAAAAAGCAGCUGGCAAGAUAUUAAAUAUCUUAAGCUCAAUGGACGCAUAUAUAUGCGCUAAGAAUUCCAAGAAUGUAAGAUUUUGAAAAAUGUUGUUACAUGUUCUUCUUGAACUUUUACUGGGUAAGGGGAGGUAAGUCAAACUGAUCUGUUGACGAAGUUUAUUGAGAGUAACCCAAAAUUGAUCGAAAAUUCAUAUGUAUGUAAAAUGAAGUACACAUACGAAUAUUUCACUCCUAUAAGUCAGAGGUAGAUUUUAGAUUUAUUUAGUCAAGUUGACAAUUAUAAUGAGUGUUGGGAGUACAUACAAUGACCAUUAGCAAAAGAGAAAAACAUUUAGGUAAACACACUAGUUUGAUUACUUAGAUACUUCAGUAGUUCACAUAUAAUAAUAAUAAUUCAAGGUUCUUUCACAACCUAGUUGUAGGGUGUCUCAAAGUGGUUCACAAAUUAUUAUCCGUAGCAAAUAUCUUUCUCAACUCCAUGUGGAGCAUACAGCCAGU